AUGUGGCCUGUGGCGGUCCACCUACCUAUUCUUCUGCUGAUGAUAUCUGCUGACAGAAGUACGAGGAUGCUGGGCGAUAACUUCAAAAGACAUGUUCUGCGAGCUGCAAGGCUUUUCGAACAACUAGAAGAGGUGAGAAGAAGAGGCGGUCUACAGAUUGGGCCCAAUGAUCAUCACCAGACCAUGGACUCUGCGUCACAACACGGACUUCGAUGCCAACACAACCCCAAUCAAACAUCACUUUCCGCACCUGGUACGAAGUCACUUUUCAGGAACAGGUAUUCAUCAAAGCGCCAAGAUCGAUUGCGACCCGCGACGCGACUCCCACGCUGCUCUGUGAGACCAUAG